AUGGCUUCCACAAGAAGGUCCAUUGGCCCUCCUCAUGGUGUUUUUGACUUCAGUGAUAUGUUCUUAGAGGACUCAAGGAUGGAAGAUGUAAAAAACAUACACGCCCAAAGUCUUGGCCAAGUGACACCAGGGGAGAACCGAAUCCUAAAGAGAAACCAAAGGAUGGAUGAGAAAUAUUCAAUGUUGAGCCCCCCCACCAUCUCCUCUAAAACCAGAGCCAAUGAGGCCCUUAGGAAGCUGGCCCAGAUUGAAACCAAGAUCCGGAGUCGGAAGCAGGUGCCCACGGCUUUGUCUGACACAGAGUCUGACUCGAAAACCACAGAGCUGCAUCUUCAGAAGGGGACAGAUACAGCAUCUGCAGUUUCUUCUCAACAUCCACACAGAACCUUCCAAAAACAAGCCUGUAAAACCCCCAUGGCAAAGAGCGAUGGGCAAAGUGGGAAAGGUAGCAGGUUUCUUAAGAAGAAAGAGCCACCCAUUGUGUCCCUGGUAUCCACAGUGGAGAAAGGGAAGCAUGUCCCACUACCCAAACAGAAAGAACGUGCUAGAAAAUGUGAUGCUCUCGACAGUGAUGAAGAAGAAAUGAAAAUAUUGCUUGGAAGCUUGAUGGACUCUUCUAGAGAAAAAGAAACAAAUAGGAAUGGAGGGCUCACUAGCACCAAAGGCAAUAGGAUUGAUCAUGGAAAAUUGUCUUUGGAUCAGACUCCAACUCAGCCAGGAGUCCCGUCUCUGCUCAGUGUGGACUGUUCCAGCUCAAAGCCUUCUCGUCCCUCACAUCGGCUGGACUCCCCAUGGAUUCUCAAUGCUGGAGACACAGCCUCCCUUACAUCCUCGCCUUCCAUUACAAAUGACCUUUCAAAAUCAGAAUUUUCAAAGAUGGGAUGCAUCAAGCUGGCUUCCUCCCCCAGCAGGAGCGAGGGGAGGUCUUCAGAGGAUCCAGUCUCAGAAGCUGCUGCUGAUAGCCUCCAUGAUUUUAGAAUUAAUAUUUUGUCCAUUGAUGAUCUGGUUCUGGCUGAUGGAGAGAAGUCAGAUGUGGAACAGAAAGAGGAAGGUUCUGGAAGGGAAGGGAUGUCAGGCAGAAGCUCUCCACCCACGUCAUCCACUGGACUGAAAGAACAGAGGGCUGCCCAGCACAAGAGCUCUGCAUUUCAGGGCACAGCCACCAUGGUUGCUGAUGAGGAGGGCCUUACCACUGAGGUCUCAGAGCAUCUGGCUGACAGCUCUGCUGAAACUAUCCAUUCUCACAGUGUGUCCAGCAUGCAGUCUGUGGAGGCUCUCACUGCACUCACAGACAGCCCAGCUUACUCUGAGGAUUUCGAGCCAUUCUCUGGAUUCUUGGCCUCAGAGGCAUCACUCUGCAGGACAUGGGAUACUCGGUCACAGUUUUCUGCCAGUGGGAGGACAGAUCUUCUUCCUAGUCAAUCCCUAUCGAGGACAAAAUGGAGCCAAGGUGUGACUAGAGUUGUGAAGGAGACAGCUGUGCAGACACUUGACCCUGCCUUUGCCUACCAGUGGAGCAAGGCUGGUGGCAUGGCGGCCAUCGGCCCCACCCUCGGAGGCGCCUAUGUGGACCCAGCACCCAUCGCCAGUCACAUUGUCAGUGCUGAUGCUAUAGAAGCCCUGACAGCCUACAGCCCUGCGGUGUUGGCACUGAAUGACAUGCUGAAGCAACAGCUGAGCCUGACACAGCAGUUCAUCGAGGCCAGCCGCCAUCUGCACGUGUCCCUCCUGCAGUCCCUGGACAGGGACUCAUUUCACUACCACACCCUGGAGGAAACCAAAGAGUACAUUAGGUGUCACAGGCCCACACCCCUGACUAUGGAGGCUGCCCUUCAGGAGGCGAAGGAGGAGCUUCAAUUUCCAGCAGCUGGCUACUAUGCAGACACAUCAUGAGGACUGCUGAGGACCUGCUACAGGCCACUCACAGCAGGAUGGAGCCAUGAGUCAGCGCAAUAGGCAGCACAUGCGGGGCGUCUGGAGCCAAGAGAGGACCAGCUGCCCUAUGAGGGAACAUCCUAUGCCAGGUGCUGGGCGAGACAGGUCUUUUGAGCGUGGUGUCUGACACAGCCUGCAUCCACCCCCAAGCAGCCUGGGCCAUGCCCAUGUGCACACCUCAUCCACAGCUGGAUGAAGUGAUCUUUUACAAAAUGCUUUAUUUGAAGGCAAAACAGUAAAAUCCACAAUCAGUUGUUAACAGCA